AAGACUCAAAAGAACGGGGACUUUCUUGCAAUUAACGGAACUAAGGGGCUCCUCUCUCAUUUCCAACUAGAGUGAGGACUAAUAUGUAAUAAGCAAAAGACUUCCAACGUUAAACCCUGCGCCAUCCGCCAUAGCUCUCGUUGGGCGGCGGCGACGACCGUUGGAAUGGCCACUCCUCCUCUCGACGAGCAAGACGACGCAACAGAUCCUCUGAAGCUUCUCUUUCCUGGAGACGACGAGGAGCAGGAAGCGGAUGCAUCGCCGCUCCUCUCGACGCAACCUCAACCCGUAGCAGAGGGUCACCAGGUGGACCAUCACUUCCUGCGCUCGGUCAACUCGACGGUCGCCAUCCGUCAGCUCCGGUCCCAGGGCCUAUCCUUCCAGCUCUGGCCUGCCGCCACCACGUUCGUCUCCGUCCUCGACGACUCCGCCGCUGGACCUCUCUCCGCCACCAUUGCCGCAGCUGGUGACCUGGGACGGCUUCGCAUCCUGGAGCUCGGAUCCGGCACCGGCCUUGUUGGAAUUGCUGCUGCUGUGGCUCUCGGAGCCGACGUUACCGUCACUGACCUCCCACACGUCCUGCCGAACCUACAUUUCAAUGCCGAGGCCAAUGCCUCCAUCCUGGCCGCGACCGGAGGCACUGUCCGAGUGGCAACUCUCCGGUGGGGUGAGGCGGAGGACGUGGAGCUGAUAGGAAAUGAAUUUGAUCUCGUAUUAGGAUCCGACGUAGUGUACUAUGACUAUCUCUACGAUCCUCUUCUCAAGACACUGAAGCUGUUGUUCGAAGGAGUCGCUGAGGAGAGGAGGAGGAAGAAGAUGGUGUUCGUGAUGGCUCAUAUGCGGCGGUGGAAGAAGGAGUCGGCAUUCUUCAAGAAGGCCAGGAAGAUAUUCGAUGUCGAGGUGGUCCAUUCCGAUAAGCCCUGUCCCGGGCAGAGGAUGGGAGUUGCUGUUUACCGUUUUGAGUGGCGCCAUAAGGGCAUCAACGGCAGUACAGCCAACUGACUAUUUCAGGAGGUGCUUCGGAAUUCAACGGUCCCUUUUCGGGAAUCCUUUUGCUUGAAUUUACAGUAACUUCUGUCGUAACAUUGUUGUGGUAUGUUGUGCGUACGAACGAAGUUCUUGACCUGGUUCAGAGACAUGUUACAUCUGAUCGAAAAUGACUACGAUCUCCCGUUUCGACUCAAAUCGAUUAUGAUUUAUGAAGGCUCAA